GGCUGGCCUGUGUCCAGGUACAGCACGGUCUGUCGGCUACGAUGAAGAUGGGACGUGGAAGCAACUUCCCUGUUGUGCAAUCUUCACGAGGCUCCUGGGGGCUAUAAGACCUCCUGAACCUCAUCUGGUUUCUCAGAGCCUUCAGUCAGUUUACUCCACACUAACACACACACACACAGACCCACACAAACACAGAGGCAUGAUGUGGUCCGGGGUACUCGGUUGUGCAGAUUUCUCUUGAAGGGUCGAGGAGCAGUUGUCAAGACAUGGACUUUAGUCAAAAUAACUAUUGAAUGCUUCACUGCUUGGACAAGAGGCUCAAACCCUCACAGCAGACCUUGAAAAACUGAAAGGGGGGGGAAGUGAAAUUGUGUGACGCAAAGAGUACAUAAAAUCCCCAAAUGGCCAUCCCAAAUGACCUCUCCCUAUUCAACUCCACCUCCCCCCACUAUUCAAUGACAGAGAUCUAUUCGAAUGCCUCUGUAGCGCCCUCUGCUCCCGUCUGCUCGGACUGGCCUCCUGUGCCCAUAACCACGGUCAUCCCCGCCGUCUACAGCGCUAUCUGCGCGCUGGGCAUCGUGGCCAACGCCCUGGCGGUGUGGGUGUUGGCCAAUGCCAGAGCUUCCAGGAGAACCGUAGCGAACACUUUCAUGCUGAACCUGUGCGUGUCCGACCUGCUGUUCCUGCUGUCCCUCCCGCUGUGGGCCGUCUACUACUCCCGGGGCUACAGCUGGCCCUUCGGCCAGGUUGCCUGCAAGGUCUGCGGAGCUCUCCUCCACCUCAACCUCUACGCGUCCAUCUUCUUCAUCACGUGCAUGAGCAUGGACCGCUACCUGGCCAUCGUGCGUCCGCUCCGCUCCCAGAGCGCGCGAUACCCCAAACGCGCCAGGCUCACCUGCAUCCUGGUGUGGCUGCUAGCAUGUGCUUGCUCGGCCCCUAACUUGUAUCUGAGGGACACUUACUUUGUGGAGGCGCUUGGCGUGAAGGCCUGUGGGAUUGGCUACCCUGAUCAUACCUGGUACCUGACCCUGGCCUGGAUGAAAAUUGUUUUGGCCUUCCUGCUGCCACUGUUUGUCAUCUCCUGUUGUUACUCUGCUAUUGGUCGACAUUUGGUGGCUGAUACAGGGCUGGGAAGAAUGGAGACUCCUUUGCAGCGCCCUAGCAUGCCCUCUUUUAAAUCCCUCGAGUCCAAGGAGAGCUGCAGUAGACCAGAGAGACCUCCGCCCCCAUGUGCAGCUCCCGGCUCCAGAAAGGGCAGGCCCCUGGAGGGCAGGGGGCUUGAGCGGGUGUUGUGGACUGUAGCUUCUGUGGUCCUGGCCUUCUUCAUCUGCUGGUUCCCUUUCCACUGCGUAACCUUCUUGGACGUGCUGAAGAACGAUGGCUGGGUGGACAGCUGCUGGGUAAACUGGACCGUCCACAAUCUCACACCGCUGACCCUCUGCUUAGGAUUCUCCAACUCUGCCAUCAACCCGGUGCUCUACUGCUUCAUCGGGAACCACUUUCGGGGUCGUUUGGGGGGCCUCUGCAAGGGCCUUUGGGCUUGCCUGAAGGCCCAGGGGGAAGAUCACAGUCACAACAGGGGCUCUUUUAGCACUAGGCUGAGCUCCUUCUCUCGAAAACUUGGUGACCUGAAAGACCUGGCGGAUGUAGAGCCCUCUGGUCCUACCUAACCAGCCCGAUGGAGGGCAGCCUUUCCCUCCCGGCAUCUGGCUUCACACUCGAGAGUGAUGGCAACGUCAUGUGACUGCUGAACUCCAUGGAAAUGGAGCUGUAACUACAACCAAUUGAAUCUAAUUCCAGCAAAGUUUAAUGAUUGCCUUACAUAAACAGACAAAAAGUUAAUACAAAAGAUGAAGCUGAGAAUUUUCAAGUUUUUAGUCUGGUAGCAAAAGAGUGUAAGAAAUUGAAGAUAAACAUUUCAUGUCUUUAAUGCUGAAGCAUUCAGCUGUAUUUAGCCAAUAUAUUUUAGAAAUCCACUGUACACAAUACUCUCAGCUCAUAAUCAAACACAGUUAGCGACUAGCUGGUGAACAAAGUGGAAUAUUAAGGUUCAUGGUUGCAGAAAUAUAAACCUAUAGGGAGUAAUUUACAGCUACCCCGCUAAGCUAAGCUAAUGAUGUUGUAGCAGCCGAUGUUCCGCUGCCGUUACUUUCCUUCUUUGUAAUGGUUGGAUUUAGCUUCUUUCACAUGUAUAUGGCAGGAUAAACUUCAUCUAAAAAAUAAUGAGAUAAUUUAUACAAUGAUAUGAAUGAGUUAAUUUAGCUUUUCCUAAGGCUAGCUGUGGCUAUCUUAACAGCCUUGAAGUUUUGCAAACCAUGUUGUUUUCUCAGAAAUGACCCACUUCUGGAGCAUUGAUGUUCAUUUUUGGGACCAUAUGUAAUCAUAUAAUGUGUAACAAUUUUAUUGUAUUGUUAUGUGAAGAAGAAAAUUAAAAUGACUGCAUUUUUUGACUAUAAACACGAAGAAAAAAUAAAGUUAACAAUAGUUCCCUAAAUGUCA